UAUUUUAAGACACAUACAGGUAGCUUGCUUUUUUACAGCUGGAAAAGAAAGCUCCAGAGGAAUAACUCAGGUGUUACUGGUAGACCUUCUGAAGACUGGACCAACGUUCCACACUGCAGAAUGGUUCAGCUCACAGCCACUCCUCUGAGUGCACUUGUUGAUGAGCCUGUGCAUAUCCGAGUUACAGGCUUGAGCCCUUUCCAGGUGGUGUGUCUCCAGGCAUCAGUGAAAGAUGAAAAGGAUUUGAUGUACUUUUCUGAGGCCUGUUAUAAGGCCAAUGAAGCUGGUGAGGUAGACUUGAAGCGAGAUGCUUCCCUUGGAGGUGACUAUGUGGGAGUCCAUCCCAUGGGGCUCUUCUGGUCCUUGAAGCCUGAAAAGAUGUUAUCAAGACUUAUUAAAAAAGAGGUGAUGACUAGACCACUCCAGGUCCAAUUAAAACUCUGUGAGCCAUAUUUUCCAGUAAAAUAUGUAUCUCCCAGUGCUCCAUUGGCCAGCCUGACUUUGGAAAGGUGGUAUGUGGCACCUGGUGUCCAAAGGAUUCAGGUGAGGGAAGGCCGCCUCCGGGGAGCUCUCUUUCUACCUCCAGGAGAGGGCCGUUUCCCUGGAGUCAUUGAUUUGUUUGGUAGUACUGGUGGACUGCUUGAGUUCCGGGCCAGUCUUCUGGCUAGUCAUGGCUUUGCCUCCUUGGCCUUGGCUUAUUGGGCCUAUGAUGACCUCCCUGCCCAACUGGAAACAGUAGAUUUAGACUAUUUUGAGGAAGCUACCAACUUUCUCCUCAGACAUCCUAAGGUCUUGGGUCCAGGCGUUGGGAUAGUCUCUGUAUGCAAAGGAGCAGAGAUUGGACUAUCCAUGGCUAUUCAUCUAAAACAAAUCACAGCCGCAGUGCUUAUUAAUGGGCCUAAUUUCGUUAUUAGUGCACCACAAAUAUACCAUGGUCAGGUCAUUCAGCCUGCAGUUUGCGCUAUAGAGUAUAAACACAUCAAUGCCAUGGGGUUAGCAGAGUUUUAUCAGGUUUAUACAGAGAAUAAAAAUGAGAAUAGCCAGUUUUUCCUUCCUAUUGAGAAGGCCCAGGGACAUUUCCUCUUCAUUGUGGGAGAAGAAGACAAGAAUCUCAACAGCAAAGUACAUGCUGCACAAGCUACUGAACAGCUGAGGAGAAAUGGGAAGAAAAAUUGGAUGCUUCUGUCUUAUCCCGGGGCGGGCCAUCUGAUAGAACCUCCCUAUUCUCCACUAUGCUGUGCAUCUAGGAUCCCUUAUGUGGUGCCAGCCAUUCACUGGGGAGGAGAAGUUAUUCCACAUGCAGCUGCACAGGAACAUGCUUGGAAGGAGAUCCAGAAGUUUCUCAGGAAGCACCUCAUUCCAGGGGAGACCAGUCUUCUCUGAGAAGACUUGAGAUAGUUGGGAAGUGGAGCAAUAAAUAUUUUCUGCACCUUCUCUUGAUUGUCACAGAUGAAUGGUUGUUCUGUUUAUUAUAAAAAGGAAGUUAUUGUAAGAAAAUAUCAGGGUGGAUGAGAGACUUAAAGUCUUGAUUUUUGAAAAAAACAAUAGUUUCUACUCCAUGAAGUGUGUACUGAAAGUCCUAUAAUAUAGAAAUAAACAUACAGACAUACAGCUAUACUUGCCCUAAACUAUUCAGCACCAAAGCAGUGCAUCAACUACCUAUAAAAGCAAACCCUCUUCCUUUGUUUGGUGCCAAUGAUCUUUCUGCUCUUGGUCUGACCACACGGGGUCUGAAAUAAAGAUAUCACUGUUUUCUUCAA